AGUUAGCUCGAUGUCCGGCUGACGCUCAGUUUCCAGUCACCUGUCGUCGCGUUUGGACUAGCAUUUAUCACUCGCUGCAGCGAAGACCGUCUUCAUCGGGUUGAUAUCUAUUUUAUUCAAAAUAUUAUAUUAUUGGAAAAAAUAAUACAAAUUCUAGUUUAAUGACAUAUUCUACUAAAUCGUGUUCAAAGUAUAUUACGACAUUCUCUGCACAGAAUUGUGUAAUACAUUUAGAAGGUAAAAUCAAAGUGAGUAAGUUAUUGAAGAACAUUAGCGUAAAGUGAAAUAGCCAAUUGGGAGGCUAAUUGUAUGGUGUACCUACAUUGCGCUAUCUAGUCAAUCGUCCAAGUCUUCAAUUAGUGAGUCGUAUUCUUGUACUUUGAACGAGGCACAAUGUCUAUAGUAUUGGACAGUAUUGUGGAAAGUGAAGAUGACACAUUGAAUGAUAUCCAGUGAACGUGGUUCUAACAAACAGUGGAUAGCACAACAGUCGAACAAAUAUUCCCUGUUAGUUCAAGUGUAUAGGAUAACCGUUUAAAAUCGAUUGAGCAAUGAGUGCCACCGGAACAGAGAACAUGGAGGGUGCUGAAUCCACCCAUAAUACAAAAAUUUCCGAUUCCGGGUAUUCCAACAGUUGCAGCAACAGUCAAUCGCAACGGAGUGGAAGCUCGAAAUCACAGCACAGUGGCAGUAAUUCGUCCGGCAGCAGUGGAUAUGGCGGUAAAGGUACAAGCCAACAGUCCACGACGGGCAGUUCCUUACAUCCACCGGGCAAGCACGCCAAAGAGAAAGAGCGCAAAAAGAAGGAUAAAGAAGCUAAAACCCUAACUGAACCCUGCGGGUCAACGACCAUUGCAACCGGAGAUGAUACUACAGAAGGGAAAAAUGCAACCUGCGAACCGACAGUAGCAACCAAUACUUCGACCGUUUCCUCUCGAGGCGAGCAAGAAUCGACCCAGCCCAGCCAGGUGGAAGAGGUCGGUGAGCAAUCGGUCGCACCGAGCGUAGAGGAACCUCUUCUGAAAGAGGAAAGUCAAGCAUCACAUGAUUCAAUUCAUCGUCCGGACAUCAUAGUUAAAUCGCCCGCUUUCCUUCCGGGUCCCUCGCCGGCACCGGUCACCGUAACGGAAGAACACCAUGAAACUGAAUCUGAAGAUCUGGAAGCCAUCCACGCUCAAUCGGCCGGAACGGCCACCCCGGGUGUGGCCAAAGUAGACAUCGAAGAUGGCUUCUGCUGCGUCAUAUCGAUGCACGACGGAGUAGUUCUAUUCACAACGCCCAGCAUCACUCAUUGCCUGGGUUUUCCAAAAGAUAUGUGGAUCGGGCGAUCAUUUAUAGAUUUUGUUCACCCCAAGGACCGGGCCACGUUUGCUAGUCAAAUCACAUCCAAGGUGGUGGUUCCAUUGGGCGAAAGCAAAACCGAAGCCAGCCAGAGGGAUCAGAAAAAUUUCCUCUACGUCAUGUUGCGGAAAUAUCGCGGGCUACGGUCGGCCGGAUUCGGUGUCACCAGCACAUCCGUCAGCUAUGAACCGUACCGACUGGUGUUGUCUUUUCGGGAAGCACCUCAGGAGAAUUCGGGUGAAUUUGAGUCCAGCAAUGGACGUACAAUUUUGUUGAUAGUCUCGGCCACUCCAAUUAAAAGUGUCUUUAAAGUUCCCAAUGAACAGUUCAAUGAUAAUGCGAGAAAAUUUACUACCAGACAUACGACGUGCGGGGUGUUGAGUUACGUUGACGGAAAUGCGGCAGAAUUGAUUGGUUAUCUACCACAGGAUAUACUGGGGCGUUCGGUUAUGGAGUUGUAUCAUCCGGAGGAUAUGGUAAUUCUGAAAACCGUUUACGAGACAGUUAUGGUGAAAGGACAGACGGCUGGGACGUCGUUUGUCAGUCAACCGUAUCGAUUUUUGAUUAAUAAUGGUUGCUACAUAGUAUUGCAGACCGAGUGGACCAGCUUUGUCAAUCCAUGGUCCAGAGAGCUUGAGUUUGUUAUAGGACAUCAUCAGAUAUUGGAGGGACCAGUGAUACCGGAUGUUUUUGCGUCGAAUGAAAACUCACGAACAUUUUCCAACGAAGUGUUGGCAACCGCAAAAGGAAUCGAGGAACAUAUUCUACGCAUACUUAAGGAACCUGUGGCAAAGCCUUCCGAUAAGGUGAAGCAAGAGGUUUCCAAGCGGUGCAAAGCUUUGGCGUCGUUCAUGGAAGAACUUAUCGAGGAAGUGACUCAGCCGGAAGUAAAACUAAAUCUUUUGAAUGAUUCGGAUUUUACGUUCUCCGAACGUGAUUCAGUAAUGCUCGGAAAAGUUUCUCCCCAUCAUGAUUACUUCGAUAGCAAAAGCUCUUCGGAAACACCGCCCAGUUACAAUCAACUGAAUUACAAUGAUAAUCUGCAGCGAUUUUUCAAUAGUCAUCCGGUCAUGAAUAUAGAAGAAUCGAUUAAGAUUGAUUCUUCUGGAGGUGCGCACACCGAUACGGUAGACGGUCGAACGCAUGUAAGUCCGAAUCAGCGAUUCAGCGGGGGUAGUGGGGAGGGAAGCAAUGACAGCGCAGGAAACUUUAGCUCUGAAAGUAACGGACAACUUCACAGCAGUACGGAUGCUUCGUCAGGUAGCAUGCUACCGUCAGCGUUGACUGAGGAAUUGCUGUGCCAGCACAAUGAGGACAUGCAGAAAGUGAUGCUUAAGCGUCAUCGUGAAGCAAGAACGCUGGCACGAAGUACCGAGAAAAAUAGGAAAGGUCCUCCAGAUAAAGCACAAGCCUGUGCCCACGGCGUGAAAAGAGGACCAUCGCAUUCGUGGGAAGGAGAUAUUCAAAAAACAGUCAGACAUCAGCACAAGCAGACCGUUGCUGCAAACACUCAAAAUCACCCAUUACAUCCAGUAAUACCGUCGAACCCUACGCCAAUAUCAUCAGCCGUUGUCACAGUACCAUCAAGGACAAUCAUAACAACUGCAGCCUCCUCGGUAGCUCCCCAAGCUUCAACCCACUCGUACAACCUGCCACGAAAUGGCGAUUUGUGGGCUCCGUUUUCAGUUAGUGUUGCCUCCAUGCAGACGACCCAGAACAAUCCAGCCGUCAGCUUCGUUCCUUCGCACAGUAUAUUUCCCACCUUAUACUAUAUUCCGGCUGCUCCACAACCAACGCCACCGACAUCCGGCGUUGAGAUGCCAAGGAUAAAUCCAAUUACCAUUCCCUACAUGAAUGACAUGAUGUACCCGCAUCCGAUGCAACUUUAUCAGCAAUCGGUGAUUUAUCCUCCAAUGAUGUAUCACACUAUGCCAUACCAACCGGUACCACCUCCCUGUGGAUUGGUAACGGAACAGAGAACCUCUCAACCUCAACAGCAGCCUCAGCCACAACCGGGAUCUACCAAUCCCAAUACCAACAGUGCCAAGGCCCCAGAUCAACAGUUUCCUAUCGAUCCUAGUGGAAAGCCCGACCCAAUGGUGGCCAGCAGCAGCAAACAAAACAACCGGACCUCCACCUCCAAGUACUCGAAGUACGCUUCCGGCAGCUCGCCAAUCAUUUGCAACGUCGACGGAAACUUCCACCUGGAAAAUGUGGAAAAGCUGCGCAGCUGCGUUAGCAGCAGUGGCAUAAAAACACCCGCAACGCACAGGCAGCUCAGCGACGACAUGGACGAGUCCAGCUUUUCCAGCAUGUAUUCAAGCUUCCUGAAAACCGAUAACUCGUCGGAAACGAACGGCGGCUUGGAUAAGAAGAGCUCCAGCGAGAUGCUCUGGGAUAGUGUAUCGAGCAACACUGCAGGACCGGCGAAACGACGACCCGAUCCACCCUGGCUGGAGGAUGUCUGCCAAUCCAAGGAUCUUGUCUACCGCUACCAGGUCGACGAACGACCCGUUAAGGAUGUGUUGGAUGCCGAUUUACGAGCACUCAGGAAUCUUAACCAGCCAAUUUUGGUUAACGAUCAGCUUGGUCAACUGUAUCUGGAUCUGGAGCUGGAAGGCCUCUCGGUUAAACUGUCACUCAGCGAAACAACUUCCGGCAGUAGUAGUGAUGAUUGCGACACGCAGAGUAAAAGAAUUGUUGCCAAGCGGAGCAUGAAAUACAGCAAAUUGGUGAUGAUUUACGAGGAGAAUGCUCCGUUUCCACCACCCGCCCUCAGACCGAUAAAUCUGGAUUUGAUCAAGAGUGUUCUGGUGAAGGAUUUUCAGUAUUUUCACGACCGAUUAAUAUAUCACAAUGAGCAAGAUGAUCCUCUUACCGGACACCUACUUGCUCUGGAAGGUACAAAGUGGAAGAACUUGAGAGCCAAGCUCACUCCUACUUUCACAUCCGGAAAGAUGAAAAUGAUGUUUCCGACAAUACUGGCGGUUGGGGAUGAGUUUCACAAAACGGUUGCUCGAGAGGUGACGAAAAGCAAAGAUCUUGAGAUGAAAGAUAUCUUGGCUCGAUUCACUACAGAUGUGAUCGGCACUUGUGCGUUCGGAUUGGAGUGCAACAGCCUACAGGAUCCGGAAGCUGAGUUCCGGCGAGUGGGCCGUAGGGUGAUCAACCUUUCUUUCAACAGACAAAUAAAGUUUUUCCUGGCUCAACAAUUCCGUACCAUUGCACGGCAGCUGCACGUUAAAAUUAUAGAUCCGGAAGUCACGCACUUUUUCUCUGACGCUGUUAAAAACACUAUCGAGUAUCGAGAGAAAAACAAUAUUGACAGGACAGAUUUCAUUAGCUUACUAAUAAAACUGAUGAAGGGAGAAUCAUUGGAAACAGAAGGGGCAAGCAGUAUGGGAACAUUAAGCUUGAGAGAAGCAACCGCCCAAGCGUUCGUGUUUUUCUUAGCCGGUUUCGAAACUUCUUCAUCAGCGAUGUCGUUUUGCCUGUAUGAAUUAGCUUUACGUCCUGAAUUGCAAGAGAAGGCUCGCAAAGAUGUUCUGGAAGCGAUCCGGAAACACGGCUCAAUCACAUACGAAGCGAUUCAAGAUAUGAAAUAUGUUGAUUAUUGUCUUAGUGAAUCAUUACGCAUGUAUCCACCUGUGAGUAAUUUAUUGCGAUCGGUCACUAAACCAUAUAAAGUUCCCGGUAGCAAUGUUACGCUGGAGCAAGGUUCAACUGUGAUUGUUCCACUGUAUGCUAUCCAUCACGAUCCGGAUUAUUUCCCAAAUCCAGAACAGUUCGAUCCGGAUCGUUUUACUCCGGAACAGACGGCAAAGCGAAAUCCUUACUGCUACAUGCCGUUCGGUGAGGGUCCACGAAACUGUAUUGGAAUGCGGUUUGGAUUGAUGCAAGCUCGAAUUGGAUUGGCGUUGUUACUGAACAGUUUUCAGUUCAGCCUAUCGAGCAAAACUUCCGUGCCGAUUAAGCUAGCUGCCAGCUCCGGUAUCCUCGCUUCUGAAGGUGGCCUGUGGCUUCACAGCAAAAUUGAUCGGUUAAGCGUAAUGAUUUCUGGCGGAAUGAGUCUGGAUCCAGCUGAGUCGACUCACACCACAAAGGUGUCCGAGUCAGAAUAUUCCACCAGUGGCAACAGUCGUUCGCAGUGGAGUUGUAGCGCCCGAAGCUGUUUAUCCAGUAGUAGCGGCUACGGAACCCGUGGACAGACCAAACCGGAUGUAGGUCACCGUUUGAUUAGACGCAUUAAGGAUAAAAAUCGUAAAAAGAAAAAGCUCAAAUGCUCCACCGCAUCAAUUGUCACUGGUUCAAGCCUCGGAGAAAACGAAUCGCUUUCGACUUCUCAAACCAAUAGCAGUGAUCAAACAUCCGGUGUUCAACAGACAGAGCCUAGUGCAUCAACUUCCACUCAACAGGACGCUAUUGAUAAUAAAGGGGAAACUCCUACAUCUAUGGAUAGUAAUACACUGAAGAAACCAGCUCGAUGGACCACGCCAAGUCCGCUGGAUACCAUGUUCGAAACUCCAGAACCAUGGGACAGUGUGGACGAACAACUCCGAAGUGCAGCCAGCAAACCGGAAGCAGACGACGGAUUCUGCUGCAUCGUAUCAAUGCAAGAUGGUGCAGUGCUGUUUACGACACCAAACAUUACGCACAGUCUGGGGUUCCCGAGAGACAUGUGGCUCGGUAGAUCGUUCAUUGACUUUGUUCAUCCCCGGGACCGAGCGACGUUCGCUGAUCAAAUUACUUCAAACGCGGUAAUCUCCCUAGGGGACACCAGCAGUCGCUCUAGCCAGAAGGAUCAGACAAAUUUCCUAUACGUCAUGUUACGGAAGUAUCGAGGUUUGAGAAAUACAGGCUUUGGCAUCACCAAAUCUACGGUUGGCUACCAACCGUAUCGAUUAACUUUGAUGUUUCGUCAAGCACCAACAGAGGGCAGUGAGCUUCCGUCGAAAAAUACUCCAAAUAUUAUACUGGUAGUUUCUGCCACACCAGUUUGUAGUAUUUAUAACGUGCCUAAUGAAUUAUUGGAUAAUAAAGAAUUACGUUUUACUACCCGACACACGAUUGGUGGAAUACUAAAAUACGUGGAUGGUAAUUCCGUCAAAUCAAUCGGUUAUUUGCCCCAAGAUAUUUUGGGUCGAUCGAUAUUGGAGCUGUAUCAUCCUGAGGAUGUAUCAAUAUUCAAAAAAGCAUGCGAAUCGGCGAUUACCAAAGGACAAAUUACCGGCUCUUGGGUCAGCCAACCAAGUCGAUUUCUUACGAACAAUGGGUGCUAUAUUCUACUUCAGACGGAGUGGGUCAGUUUUAUAAAUCCGUGGACUAAAGAGAUUGAGUUCAUUAUUGGCAACCAUCAUGUGCUCAGAGGACCAUCAAAUCCAGACAUAUUCGCUGCUAAUUGCUCGGAUCAAACGUCAGACAGCUUUUCGGAAGAGCUACUUAAGGAAGCGAAGUCAAUUGAGGAACAAAUUGUACAACUUUUGAAGAAACCGAUAACUGAAUCUUCCAACGAAAAGAAGCGUAUUUUGUCAAAACAAUGCAAAACCCUGACUGCUUACAUGGAAGAGCUCAUAACUGAAAUGGCCACAUCUAAAGUGAAGCACAACCUGCCUGGAGAUUCGGAUUUCACUUCCUCUAGACGCGACUCUAUGAUCAUUGGAGAGAUGUCCCCGCACCACGAGGUACUGGAUAAUAAAACAAUUUCCGAAUCGCUGCUAAGCUACAACCAGCUAAACUAUAAUGAUAACAUCCAACGCUUUUUCGACAGUUGCCCUGCUAUCAAUGUAUCAGAUUCAUUGAAACCUAACAGUUCCAUAGACGUUAGUUUAAACGUUGGUAAAACAAAUACUAACCGUAACAGAAACGCACUACCAGGAAUUUUUCAACAUCCAGCACUAACCGAAGAACUACUAUACAAACACAAUGAAGAUAUGCAAAAAGUUAUGCUGAAGAAGCAUCGUGACGCACAGGUACUAGCCCGCGAUGUGUCCGCGAAAGAUAAUUCCGGCAAAGCUUCCGCCGCUGUCGAAAACCAUGGAAUCAAGCGUGGACCGUCUUUCUCUUGGGAAGAAGAUACACCAAAAUGCGUCAAGCAUCAGCAUGGCACAAACACUAAACCUGACGGCACACAUUUGACAGUGCCCGCAAUUUGCACUUCUACUGAUCCACGCGAUAUCAUUCUGACUACUACGGCGGCCAUGCAUAAUCAACAACUGUCUUCAUCCUCACGCGUACUUUCUCACGUGAGUGAAGUGUGGUCCCCGUUUGCAGUGAGUGUUACAAACAUGCAGGCCAUACAGAGCACCGCCCUUUCCAGCUUCAUCCAAGAGAAGAAUCUUCAUUCAGUAGUUCCUCAGAUCAACCCAAACAAUCCUACUCCUGUGCAUCCGAUCGCAUUCCCGCUCAUGACCGGUGUGAUGUGCCCCCAGCUGCAAGCUCACCAACAUUGCGUGUUCUAUCAUCCCAUGUUGAUGUGUCAAGCAAUGCCCUAUCAGUCGAUUCCUACUCCCCGUGCACUCGUCACCGACCACCAUAAUCAGCAAUCCAGAUUCAACACGGCAAAGCAGUCAACAACAGUCAGCACGGCUGUACAGGUGGACGAUACAACCCAUCCGCUAGGACCUGGCGGCAGAUGUUCGGUGCCGCUUGCAACAACUUCGGCCCCGGCAUUGGUCUUCAACGUCGGCGGAGGUUUCCAGCUUGAAAAGGAACCAAUUUCCUGCAAAAAUUGUGACCCGUCACCAGCGCUCCAGGAAAACAACGACGACAUGGACAUUUCAAGCUUAUCCAGCUUCUAUUCAAGCUUUCUGAAGUCGGAAAACUCAUCGGACAGUGACGAUCCGACCAAGCGAACUUCAAACUGCGCCAACUGGGAGAGCGCAAGCCGUGUUAAGCGUCGUCCGAAUCCACCGUGGCUGGACAAUGUGAGCAAAACGAAAGACUUGCUUUACCGUUACCAGUUGGACGAACGUUCCGUACGAGAUCUUCUCGAGUCCGAUUUGAUUGCGUUGAAAAGUCUCCACCAGCCGCUCUUGGUAAAUGAACAACUUGACCAGUUGUAUCUGGACCUGGAGGGCGAAGGAUUGACAACUCGACUGGCGCUCAGCGAAACGGCUUCCGGUGGUACGAGCAGCAGUUGCAGUGAUGAUGGCGAAAGCAGUCAGUGUCAAAGCAAAUUUACCGGAGGAAGUAUAAAGUACAGCAAACUGAUGAUGAUCUACGAAGAGAAUGCUCCGUUUCCAUCUCCUCUUCCGAUAUCUAAUACGGAUAAACUUUAGCGUCGAUUUUUAUUCAAUUCCUGUUUGUUUGUUUAUCUUAUAGCAGUAUUAGCUGCCUAAAGGUGCUCUCGCACAACCUUUCUUGGAUUGCUUAACAAUAAAUUACGCUCAACAAAAAUUAAUCGACCAUUACAAAUUUUGCAGUGAGUUUGUCUACCGCAAUAAGUAAUAACACUACUACCGAUCGGUAAUAUCGCUUAAAUGCUGUGUCUUAUUCGUUUGUAAGUUUAGCUCUUAAUAAUGUUACGAUUUUUGAUCAAUAUUCUUAGUGAUUAUUAAAGAUUUCUAAAAAACAAGCUAAGUAUUU